GGGUGCGUGCGUGCGUAGAAUCCAUCAGGAGCCGGCGGGCGGCUUGCUUUUAUUUACUUAUGCUUUAAGUAUGCAAUGUUUCUUUUCCCAAAAGUUUCUCCACUAGCUCAUGUCAUCUCCUUCGAUCAAUAUAAUUUAGAAAUCGGAAUUAUGCUUUGUCCGGCGAAGAUGGAAAACAGAAUCCCCAACUCCGUGCACCGGAAGCAGAGCAGCCGGCAGAUGUCGAUGUCCGAUACGGAGUCACAGAUGGAGACGACGUUCCACUCCCCUGAGCAAUCGCCCUUCCGCGACCCGUUUUUGGAAUCUCUUCCUCCUCCUCCCCCCCACUCCAAAGCCUCAAUUACCGUGUCCGCAGUUGACAAGUUCUACUCCCCCCACCCAUCCCCUGCCGCAAAGCCAUCUUCUACAGGGAACGAUUCCACCCUCCCAUCCGGCGGAUAUCCACUUAUUAGCACCGCGCCUUUAGCGCUUAGGCUUGCCCAAGCGCUCUUCUGCGUCAUUUCCUUCUCCCUUAUGGCGGCUGAUCAAACUCAAGGUUGGACUGGUGACUCCUGGCACCGAUACAAAGAGUACAGGUAUUGUUUGGCAGUAAAUGUAAUGGGAUUUGUAUAUUCUGGAUUUCAAGGGUUUAAUAUAUCGUACCGCUUGGCCACAAACUCAUCCACCUAUUCUGCUCUGAGUUAUCAUCUUGAUUUUGUGAUGGACCAGCAUGGGAGGACCUCUUGGAGUGAAGCUGCAGCGGCUGAAGACACACCCAUACCGCAGCCCAAUCAUUCAAGACAGAAAACAAAAAUAUUCAAAGCUCCUGCACAAGAAGACAAAUGUACAAUUCGUCCUUGCCAGACCCUCAACGCACAAGAUUAAUCCAUCUCAACCAACGGAUGAGAUUGAUCAACCAUGAAGGCCUAUAAAUAUAGAUUUUGGCUUACCUAUUGAUGUCGGCAUCAUCAUCAGCGGCAACAAGGGUGGAAGAUUGGGUAUCAAAUUGGGGGAAAGAUGAGUUCACACAAAUGGCUAGCGCCUCCAUUGUCAUGUCUUUCUUUGCCUUUCUCGCCUUCGCCUCCAGCUCUCUCGCCUCUGCUUAUGUUCUCUCUAAUCACCGUUUCAAUAACAACAACCCUUUAGCGGUCGUAGGAAGCUAAGUAUGUCUUGAAAUAAAAUGAUGGUGAAAUAUGUGACUUUCAUUUUAUUAUAUAAAUGUAUCAGAAUGCGAUAUGAUUUCAUGAAGCCUUAUUUCACAUCAAACAAUAAGUUAUGCAGUUUGAGUACAUGCAAUAAUUUGGAUACUAUGUCAUAUGAGAGCUAGGGACGGCGAUGGAGAGAGCAAACCCUAGCCGCUUCUUCAUCUUCUCUUCUUUCAAUUUUUUCAACUCAUUAAUUAUGCGUGUUUCUUUCCUAGCGAUGUUUAAAUGAUUUUUUAUUCUACGACGGCUCGUUGUUUGCCAGGUGUUUAUUUUCCGCCAUCUUCAGUUUAGUGUUCGUGUAUGCUACUAAGAAGUUUGCGCUCAUUCAUCAAUCAUAAAAUUAACUUCUUUUGCACCAAUAUGAGGCAAUUUGCCAUCCUCUCGAAGCACCGCAUUACCAGGAAAAUUAGAUUACAUGGUUGACUUUAUUGCUAGUGGCCGGUGAAAUCAGGACAAUUUCUACAUUUGAUUCCAUAUCGGUGGCUUGUAAAACUUAGAAGAUUCAUAGUUCCUUUUCGGUGGAUGAAGCCGAUGUGCAUGUCUUAUUUCCCGGCUGUAAAAUCGAAUUUUUUGAUAAUUAUUUUUGUUGUAAGUUGUAAUAGGAGCAGUCAAACUGCAAGUAGAAUCUACAUCUUUGCGGGAUUAGCGAUUCAACGUUUCCUUUUGAAUCGUCUGUUUUUAUGUCUUAUCCCAUUGUAGUCUUGAAUAUAUGAUUCUAAUUGUUCUUAUUAUUUUUUUCAAUAAUAAUUAAACAAUUUCCUUUUAAAA